AUGUCGCUCUCCUUCGACCUCAACACAAAGGCCAAGGCGCCCGCCUCGCCGCCGAAGCCAAAGAGACGUCCCGUCGCUAUGGAUGUGCUAGACGACGAUUCUGACGACGACGCUCCGGCUGCAGCUGCUCCCAAGUCCAAUGUCUUCGAGGAAGAACUCACCGAAUUCGACGCCUCAAAGCCAUCGCGACCUUCUGCUCCGGCACCAGCGCCAAAGAAGAAGCCUCUGAACAAACUGAAACCUGGCUCCAUUCCUACCAAACCUCCGACAAGGAAACCUCAAGGUGUAGACCCCAAUGAGUACAGCGAUCUUUCGGCUCAGCGCGAGAGCGCAGCCUACGCUGCCGAAGCCACAGAAUUGGACCCCACAAUCUACGACUAUGACUCUUUCCACUCUGCUGCAACCUCGGCCGCCUCUGCCCGCAAAGCAGCGGCUAAGCAAGAGACUGUGAACCAAGGUCCCAAAUACAUGAACGCUCUCCUCACAGCAGCCGCACAACGAAAACAAGACCAACAAGUCGCUCGUGAAAAGUUCUUGCAGAAAGAACGCGAGAACGAAGGCGAAGAGUUUGCAGACAAGGAGAGUUUUGUCACUGGAGCCUACAAAGCACAACAAGAAGAAAACCAGCGCCUGCGCGAGGAAGAAGAGAAGAAAGCCGCAGAGGAAGAAGAAAGAAAGAGAAAGAUGGGUGGAGGCAUGCAAGGCUUCUACCGCAACGUCAUGGCCGAUAGCGAACGCAGGCACCAAGAAGCUCUCGAAGCAGCCGCGGAAUUGGAAAAGCGCAAACUCGCGGGCGACGACAUUGCAGACGACCCAGACACGAAGCAAGAAAAGGAUCGUGUUGCGGAACUUGCUGCAAAGGGUGUCAACAUCACUCUCAACGAUGAAGGUCAAGUGGCAGAUAAACGCCAAUUGCUCACAGCUGNNAGUCUCAACGUGCUUGCCUCUCCUGCUGCUCCAACAAAACCUUCUGCCACAAUCCAAAAACAAGAUGACUCGGCGCAGUGGAACAGGAAGCGCGAUAGUGGUGCCAGAGAAAGGCAGACGAGAAUGAUGGAGCAACAACUAGAGGAAAGCAGGAAGCGAGCCUUAGAAGCCGACAAAGAGGAACAAGAGAGACUGGAAAAGGCCAGCAAGAGUAAGAAGUCAGAGUCCGACAUUAGUUCGGCGAGAGAAAGGUUCUUGGCCAGAAAGAGAGAGAAGGAGGAGGCCGCGAAGAAGAAAGCUGCAUAG